AUGACAGCACCAGCGGACCGGGCGGUGCCCAAUGACCCAAUCCAGUACCAGAAGUAUCUACGGAUAGUGAGCUGCGCCAAGGACGGCGCACUUGACCGCCUGGACGUCUUGCGUCAUCGAGUCGAGCCAAAAAUCACCAAGCCCAACCAGGUCAUAGAGCGAAUAGAGUUAUCCCAUCUGCCUCACCUCCUCCCCCGUUCCCUCAUUCUACCUCUCUCGUCUCUACCUCUCUCGUCUCUACCUCUCUCGUCUCUACCUCUCUCGUCUCUGCUUCUCUCGUCUCUUCCUCUCUCGUCUCUUCCUCUCGCCACAAUACCUGCCGUCUCUCAAUUCGUCCCGUUCCGUCCCCUCCCCUCCCCUCCCCUCUCAACCCACACCGCGCUGUCCGUGUCGGCUGGGUGGUGGACGAUUUGCGACUUCGCUGCUGCUUCCAUCCCGCUGCUGCUCUGCUCCAUGGCGAGUCUCCACUCAAGGACCGCCUCCGAUGGGCUCCCGCCCGUGAGAGGGCCGACCAAUACGUUGGACUACUACAUUGGCGUCGACGUCGGCACAGGCUCUGCCCGAGCCUGCAUCAUCGACCAGACGGGCGACAUCAAGGCGCUGGCGGCCGAGGAUAUCAAGCUCUGGCAGCCGCAAACUGGCUACUAUGAGCAAUCGACAACGGACAUCUGGCAGCGCAUCUGCGAGUGUGUCCGCCGCGUCGUCGGCGAGUCCAACAUUGACCCCUCCCGCAUCAAGGGCAUCGGCUUCGACGCGACCUGCUCCCUGGCCGUCUUUGCCGACGACGCCGACGAACCCGUUUCCGUCACCGGACCCGAUUUCGUCAACGAUGGCAACGACCGCAACGUCAUCCUCUGGCUCGAUCACCGUCCCGUUGCCGAGACGGACAAGAUCAACAGCACCAACCACAAGCUCCUCCGCUACGUCGGCGGCAAGAUGAGCAUCGAGAUGGAGAUUCCCAAGAUCCUCUGGCUCAAAAACAACAUGCCGCCCGCCCUCUUCAACCGCUGCAAGUUUUACGAUCUCGCCGACGCCCUCACCCACCUAGCGACGGGCAACGAAGCGCGGAGCUGCUGCAGCACCAUCUGCAAGCAGGGCUACGUCCCCGUCGGCGUCGAUGGCAGCCAGAAGGGGUGGCAGCCCGACUUCUUCGACGCCAUCGGCCUCGGUGACUUGGCCGACGAUGAUUUUAAAAAGAUGGGCGGCAUCCACGGCCUCGUACGUCGCUCCCCUCCCCUUCCUGUCUCCCUCGUGCCGCCUCAUCGACCCGACCGACGCGGCAAAGGUCGAUCCGCCCGCACGACCGCCCCGCUGACCGAGCGGCAGAACGGUUCGUACUAUAGCGCCGGCGAGUGCGUCGGCACCCUCAGCCGACAGGCCGCCUACCAGCUCGGCCUCCCCGUCGGCGUCGCCGUCGGGAGCGGUGUCAUCGACGCCUACGCCGGCUGGAUCGGCACCGUCGGUGCCAAGGUCGACCUCGGUUCCGACGAGCUCAACGCCAACGUCCCCCACAACGACCUGUCCCAGGCAUUCACUCGACUCGCCGCCGUCGCGGGCACGUCGACCUGCCAUCUGGCCAUGUCCAAGCACCCCGUCUUCGUCCCCGGCGUAUGGGGCCCCUACCGCGACGUCCUGCUGCCGGAUUACUGGCUCGCCGAGGGCGGACAAUCCGCCACCGGCGAGCUGCUUCGCCACGUCCUCGACAUCCAUCCGGCCUACCAUGAGACCUGCGCCCUCGCCAAGGCCGAGGACAAGCACAUGUACGACUUCCUCAACGCCCACCUCGCAUCCAUGGUCGAGAAGCAGAACGCGCCCGCCAUUCCCUACCUUGCCCGUCACCUCUUCUUCUACGGCGACCUCUGGGGCAACCGGUCGCCCGUGGCCGACGCGAACAUGAAGGGAUCCAUGGUCGGCAUCGACAGCGACAAGAGCACCGACAACAUGGCGCUGUGGUACUACGCCACCAUGGAGUUUAUCGCCAUGCAGACGCGUCAGAUCGUCGAGUCGAUGAACAAGGCCGGCCACGAGAUCUCCUCCAUUUUCAUGUCCGGCUCCCAGUGCCAGAACCCCGUGCUCAUGAGCCUCAUCGCCACCACCUGCCGCAUGCCCGUCCUGAUCCCGCGCUAUGUCCACGCUGCCGUCGUCCACGGCGCCGCCAUGCUGGGCGCCAAGGCCGCCUCGAGCCAGCGUCGAGACGACGGCGCCUUCGACGAGGCCGAGACGCUGUGGAGCAUCAUGGAUCGCAUGAGCAAGCGCGGCAGGCUCGUCGAGCCCAAUGCCGACGCCGGCGAGAAGGCUCUGCUUGACGCCAAGUACGAAAUCUUCCUCGACAUGUGCCAGUCACAGCAGAGGUACCGCAGGAGGGUUGAUGAGGCCGUCGAGAAGUGGGCGGCCGAGUUUGGCGGUGAUAAAUAA